AUGCGGGGCUGGCGGAGGAACCUCGCGUUCUGCCUGCAGCGGCUGCCGGACGAAGACGAUGGGCCUUACACCAAAGGAGGCAAGGACGCCGGAGGGGCUGACGGGGCCCUGGCGUGCCGCCGGCAGAGCAUCCCAGAGGAGUUCCGAGGGGUCACCACAGUGGAGCUGACCAAGAAGGAGGGCAGCACGCUGGGCCUGACCAUCUCGGGGGGCACUGACAAGGAUGGGAAGCCCAGGGUCUCCAACCUGAGGCCUGGGGGACUUGCGGCCAGGAGUGACCUGCUGAACGUGGGCGACUACAUCCGGUCAGUCAACGGGAUCCACUUGACCAGGCUCCGCCACGAUGAGAUCAUCACCCUGCUCAAGAACGUGGGCGAGCGUGUGGUGCUGGAGGUGGAGUUUGAGCUGCCCCCGCCCGCCCCCGAGAACAACCCAGGGAUCGUUUCAAAGACAGUGGAUGUCUCCCUCUACAAGGAGGGCAACAGCUUUGGCUUUGUCCUCAGAGGAGGUGCCCAUGAAGACGGGCACAAGUCCCGCCCGCUUGUCCUGACCUACGUGCGGCCCGGUGGCCCUGCCGACAGGGAGGGCUCCUUGAAGGUGGGGGACAGACUGCUCAGCGUUGACGGGAUCCCGCUGCAGGGGGCCAGCCAUGCCACGGCCCUGGCCACGCUGCGGCAGUGCAGCCACGAGGCGAUGUUUCAGGUGGAGUACGACGUGGCCAUCCCGGACACAGUGGCCAACGCUUCGGGGCCCUUGAUAGUGGAAAUCACCAAGACGCCAGGGUCAGCCUUGGGGAUCUCGCUCACCACCGGCUCCCACCGGAACAAGCCAGUCAUCACCAUCGACCGCAUCAAGCCUGCCAGCGUGGUGGACAGGAGCGGGGCCCUGCAUGCCGGAGACCAUAUCCUAUCCAUCGAUGGUACCAGCACUGAGCACUGCUCGCUGCUUGAAGCCACCAAGCUCCUGGCCAGCGUGUCGGAGAAGGUGCGGCUGGAGAUCCUGCCUGCGCCCCAGAGUCGGCGGCCCCUCAAGCCCUCAGAGGCAGUGAAGGUGCAGAGGAGCGAGCAGUCGCAUCGCUGGGACCCCUGCGUGCCCUCCUGCCACAGCCCCCGGCCCGGCCACUGCAGGACGCCCACCUGGGCCGCCCCUGCCGGCCAGGACCAGAGCCGCUCCUUGUCCUCAUCUCCCUUCUCCUCGCCUGUGAACCACGCCUUUUCCUGCACCAACCCCAGUACCCUCCCUCGUGGAUCCCAGCCCAUGAGCCCCCGGGCCACAAUGGGGCGGAGGCGGCCGCGGAGAAGGGAACACAAGAGUUCAUUGUCGCUGACCUCCAGCACGGUGGGGCCAGGCGGCCAGAUUGUGCACACGGAGACCACGGAGGUCGUGCUCUGCGGAGACCCUCUCAGCGGCUUCGGCCUGCAGCUCCAGGGCGGCAUCUUCGCCACCGAGACCCUGUCCUCCCCACCCCUCGUGCGUUUUAUUGAGCCUGACAGCCCGGCGGAGAGGUGUGGGCUGCUGCAAGUAGGGGACCGCGUCCUGGCCAUCAACGGCAUCGCCACCGAGGACGGGACGAUGGAGGAGGCCAACCAGCUGUUGCGGGACGCGGCGCUAGCCCACAGGGUCGUGCUGGAGGUGGAGUUCGACGUGGCCGAGUCGGUCAUCCCGAGCAGCGGCACCUUCCAUGUGAAGCUGCCCAAGAGGCGAGGCGUGGAGCUGGGCAUCACCAUCAGCUCGGCCAGCAGGAAGCGAGGGGAGCCCCUGGUCAUCUCCGACAUCAAGAAAGGCAGCGUGGCGCACAGGACCGGCACCCUUGAGCCGGGGGACAAGCUGCUGGCCAUUGACAACAUCCGCCUGGACAACUGUCCCAUGGAGGACGCUGUGCAAAUCCUGCGCCAGUGUGAGGACCUGGUGAAGCUAAAGAUCCGAAAGGAUGAGGACAACUCGGAUGAACAGGAGACCACAGGUGCCAUCAGCUACACGGUGGAGUUGAAACGCUACGGGGGCCCCCUGGGCAUCACCAUCUCAGGCACAGAGGAGCCUUUCGACCCCAUCGUCAUCUCGGGCCUCACCAAGCGUGGCCUAGCUGAGAGGACUGGCGCCAUCCACGUCGGGGACCGUAUCCUGGCCAUCAACAGUGUUAGCCUCAAGGGCCGGCCGCUGAGCGAGGCCAUCCACCUCCUGCAGGUGGCUGGCGAGACCGUCACCCUGAAGAUCAAGAAGCAGCUAGACCGCCCCCUCGCACCCCGCAAGUCGGGCAGCCUCAGCGAAGCCAGCGAUGCGGAUGAAGACCCGCCAGAGGCGCUGAAAGGCGGCCUGCUGGCAGCCCGAUCCUCGCCCACCGUGCCCAGUGUGGACAGCGCCGUGGAGUCCUGGGGGAGCUCGGCCACAGAGGGUGGCUUUGGGGGCCCAGGUUCCUACACUCCGCAGGCGGCUGCUCGGGCCAUGACCCCCCAGGAGUGGCGGCCCAGCCGGCUGAGAAGCAGUCCCCCACCGACCGAGCCCCGGAGGACGAGCUAUACCCCAGGCCCUGCCGACGAGAGCUUCCCCGAGGAGGAGGAGGAGGACUGGGAGCCGCCCACGAGCCCAGCCCCUGGCCCCGGCCGCAAGGAGGGCUUCUGGCGCACGUUCGGGGAAGCCCUCGAAGACCUGGAGUCGUGCGGUCAGUCAGAGCUGCUGAGGGAGCUGGAGGCGUCCAUCAUGACAGGCGCCGUGCAGAGCGUGGCCCUGGAGGGCGGGCCCCACCACCGGCCCUGGAGGAGGAGCCGGGAGCUACGAGCCUCCCCCGAAGGGACGCAGGAGCUGCUGCCGCCGACGCCCGUGGAGAUGCACAAGGUGACGCUGCACAAGGACCCCAUACGGAGUGACUUCGGCUUCAGCGUCUCAGACGGCCUCCUGGAGAAGGGCGUCUACGUCCACACCGUGCGCCCUGAUGGGCCGGCCCAACGUGGGGGUCUCCGGCCCUUCGACCGGGUUCUCCAGGUCAACCACGUUCGCACGCGGGACCUUGACUGCUGCCUGACCGUGCCGCUCCUGGCCGAGGCGGGCGAUGUCGUGGAGCUGGUCAUCAGCCGCAACCCGUUGGCGCAGACCAGCCGGUCCCCGCGGGCGCCUGGCCCCAGUGGCCCACGGAUGCUCUGA